UGGCUUUCCUGGUUGGCUCCCUCCUCUCGCAGCAGUCGGGCUGCGGGAGGCGGAAUGUCCCAGGGAGGGAGCAGGGAUGUGUAGCCACACGCAGCCUCUGGCAGCCGGCCUGAGCGUGCACGGCGGCGGCGGCGGCGGCGGCGGCAGCAACAGCCACAGCGGCGGCUGCUGCAGCAGCAGGAGCAACCGGAGGAGCGGGGAGGCUGGCAGGCAGCUUCGCCGCGCCUCCCGAAGCCUCCCCUCCUCCCGUGCCCGGGCAGGGUAAGGCAUGGCCCGGCAGCCCCUCUCCACCGAUCCCCACCACGUUAGUCUCGGGGCAGGGAGGUAGGCAGGCAAGCAGGCACGCCCCCAGGGGAGAGAAAGGAGCCGCUGCCGCCGCGAUCGCCGAGGUGACUAUCUCGGUAGGGCGAGACUGACCAUGCUCAGGAGCUUCUGUCUUCAGCUCAUGUCCUUGCUUUGGAUCCUGGUGGCCCAUCACCAUUUUGCCCAAGGUGAUGACUGCAAUGACCGCUGUAACUUGGCUCAUGGCAGCUGUGAAGAGGACGGCAAAUGCAGGUGUGACCCAGGCUGGGAAGGGGAGUAUUGCGAACAGUGUGUGAGGAUGCCAGGCUGCCUCCAUGGCGCAUGCCACCAACCCUGGCAAUGCAUCUGUCAAAGUGGCUGGGCUGGCAAGGUCUGUGACAAAGACAUCCACAUCUGUGAACAUCAGACUCCAUGCCAGAAUGGAGCCCAGUGUGUCUAUGACCGUGACGGGGAGUAUUCCUGCCUGUGCCUUGAAGGAUUCCAUGGAAAGGACUGCGAGCUGAAGACAGGGCCAUGUGAGAAGGCAGGGUUUCCAUGCAAGAAUGGUGGACUAUGCCAGGAUAAGAAUGGCUUUGCUAGCAACUAUACUUGCAAGUGCUUGGCAGGAUUCAUUGGUGCACAUUGUGAGGUUGACGUCGAUGACUGCCUGAUGCGUCCUUGUGCCAAUGGUGCCACCUGUGUUGAUGGCAUGAAUCGCUUCUCCUGCCAAUGCCAGCCAGGCUUUGAAGGGCGUUUCUGCACCAUCAAUGUUGACGAUUGUGCCAGCCAGCCAUGCAGAAAUGGGGCCAAGUGCUAUGACCGCAUCAGUGAUUUUGAUUGCUUGUGUCCUGAGGGCUUCACUGGCAAGACAUGUGAGCUCCUUGCUCCCGAGCCAACGUGGGUCACCGCAUUUCAACCUGAUCACAAGGAGCACAACAGUGCUGUGAAAAGCACAACCAGCGGUGAUCCUUGGACUACCCAGUCAGAGCCAAUCAGAGUUGUGGUUACUGGCAAGCGAAUCACUAACUACAGCGAGAAAUCAAAUGGGGGAGGGCUGUUAAUCUCCGUGAAAGAAGUGGUGACUCAACAGGACUCGGGGCUGAGUCAGUCACAGCUGAUUUUAGUCCUGGUCUUUGGGCUGUUCACUGCCCUGUUGGUCUUGGUAACUGUGUUGUUGCUACUGAAGAACUGGCAGAGGGGGCGUCGGAGGUGCCAAAGCCCCUCCCAGUCUGCAAGGAAACUUCAGGACCAAGAGUGUCAAGUGGGAAUGUUAAGUACAGUCUUGAUAGAACCCAGGAAAACGACAGAGCUGUAAGGACCCAGAGUCGGAGCCUGGCCGACCUAUAUACACCCACCAAUGAUUCAGUGAAUCCUUCAAGUCGUGUCCUGGAGGCUGUUCUGGCUGCGCACCUCCAAAGCACCAAGGGCUUUGAUAGAACUUAAGGAUGUGAGCCAGCCAGAAGGAGGAAUGUCCUUCAUUGAAAGCAGAGCCCUUGAUUGUGUGCAGCUUAGGCCGCUGGCAUGGUGACAUCAACUUCGCAAGGCAGCCAAGGAAGUACUGGGUUUGGAGGAUAACCCGGGGUUGGAAACAGCAAGCAAAAUGGAGGGAUAUCAUCCUGCAUGCACUGAAUGGGAGUUGCUAGAAUGAGGCCAAGUUUGCCAGAACAGGUUGUUGGAGCUGAAAUUUGCUUAGGCCUUUAGGCAUCCGGUAACUCUUGGUCAGAGUCAUUGGAGGUAUCAUAUGGCCCAUUUACUCAAGGGGGGUUAGAAACUGCUCUGUGCAUCCCCUGCCUCUAUUGCUCUGGCAUAGAUAAUAUGGGAUCCCCCAUUCUGCCUAAAGGCCUUCUGUCUGUUUCAAACACCAUAAGCUAACCUGAAGACCUUGUAGUGCUGUGAGCCAGUUUGCUAACUAUAUUGAUUGUCCAG